AUGGACGAAGAAGAAAUUGUUAAAGAAGAAGAAUGGCUUGGUGGUGUUGUGAAUGAUUUCAACAAAGUAACCAGACUAGCAAGAAAAAUCCUAGGUGAAGUCGGUGCAACCCCGGUUAAGCCAGGUAUUAACAUGUCAGAAACUCAGGUUGAUGAUAAUUUCACACUUGCAGAGAAUGUAAAUGUAGAAUCUGUUCAAGAAUGUUCUAAUGAUAAUGCAAAUGUAGAUAGCUCUGUAAAUAAUGUUGAAACCCAAUCGGGUAAUGUUGUUAACAAUGCCGGUAAUGUAAACACUUCUGUGAGCAAUUCUGUAUCUAAUGUAACGCAAGAGAAUUCUCUUAUUAGCAUGGUUCAGGCUAUGGCCUUACCUAAGGCACAGGUUAAGAAAUUUGAUGGUGAUCCAUUGUUCUAUCAUUCAUUUAUUGCCACGUUUACUAACAGUGUAUCUUGUAUCCUUGAUCCAAGUAUUAAGCUUAAUGUCCUUAGAUCUCUAUGCUGUGGCCGUGCUUUAGACUCUACAGAGUACUGUGUUUUGAAACCACCAGCAGAGGGUUUACAAUCUGCAAUGAAGACACUUAAAGAAAGAUUUGGCAACAGUGCGCUUAUCGUUCAAGCAUGGGUUCAGAAAAUAGUAGCACGUCCUAAAGUAGAGCCAUCAAAACUCGAAGGUUAUGCGGAUGAUCUGAGCAAUUGUUUUCAAGCCCUAGAUGCGCUAGGAUACCUACAUGAAUUGAGUAAUCAGGGAAGCCUGAAAACCAUAAUCGAAAAGCUACCAAGGUUUCUCCAACAGCGAUGGACACGAGAAGUCUUCAAGUUACGAGAAAGCAAUCAGAUACCUAGCCUUAAGGAUGUGGUUAGGUUCGUGAGAUCAGCCUCAUGUGAGAUUAACGAUCCAGUUUUUGGUACUGCUACAGAUUCUCAUAAGUCAACCAGGCCAGCAGAAAAGACAGCCGGGCACAGAGUAUUCCAAACAGAAACCAGAGCUAUAACUGAGACCAAAGCAAUGCCAAGAUGGAAGAA